AUGAACGAAGCCAGGCAUGCGCCCUAUCAAAACAUCCGGAUUUGGCAUACCGAGGAGCCGAGCACCCUGUAUGGGGGUUGCAGAAAUGGGAGUGGGAGCCACUGGGAGCAUGAUCAUAGUGAGGAGAACGAGCAGCGUCGUUCAACGCCCGUCGAACUCCGGCAGUGUCGACUCGGCCUCUCGCUCGCCCAGCCGAGGCUGGCGGAGUUGAUCCCGCCCAAGAGCCCUGAGGUGGUCCAAGACGAGGUUCUCAAGACCAUUGAGAAUGAGGAGGACGAGUCAGAGCUGCAGGAACGCAUGGCGAAGACCUUGGCCAAGAGCCAGGCCACCAGCUUGGAGCUGCUCCACGACCUGCCCGACGCCGACAUUGCGCCGCCGGACACGGACCUCUUCGUGGCGAAGCUCAAUCCCGUCACGCAGGACGGUGAUUUGGAGCUCAUUUUCUCACGCUUUGGACCCAUCAAGAGCUGUGAGAUCGUGCGCGACUGGAAGACCGGAGACUCUCUGCAAUAUGCCUUCAUCAUCUACGAGAAUCCACGGGAUUGUGAGCAGGCUUACUUCAAGAUGCACGACUGCGUCAUCGAUGACCGGCGCAUCUUCGUGAACUUCUCCCAGUCGGUGGCCAAGCUGUGGAACAAGUGGCGCACGGGCAGCCGCAUGUCCAAGGAAGAUGUGAAAGGUGGCGCUGAGACGAAAGGAGGAGGCAGAGGAAAGGGAGGAAAGGGAAAGGGCAAAAGCAAAGAUCAGGUUCCGCUGCUCUCAGCAGCAGAAGGCCCAAAACCUGGGCGGAAACCAGGAGCCUUCGAGUACGGCCAGAAAGAAGACCGGGAAGGAGACCGCCGCAAUGGCCGCGACGGGAGGAGCGACGGUCGCGAUGGCCGGCGGCGGGAGGAGGAGCGAGAGCGGCGGCACAGGUCUCGCAGCCGCGACCGGCGCCGGUAA